CCGACGAGUCCCGUAUUCCCGAUUUCACGCUUGGUGGGUUAGAUUGUUGUGUCAAUUCCUCGGAAGUUUUUACUCUUGGUGAAUGGUGGACGGAGAUAUUUUCAUAGGUAUCGAUGAGAAUUAUCACGGACAAUGAACUCCAUUUUGGGUGCAACUUUACGGUGUGUAUUUGUGUGGCAGGUGCUAGACGAAGGUCUUGAAGGGCUUUAAAGAGCUACACGGUACCGCACCUGCUGUUAUGCUGAGAUUCUCUAAUUCUAGCUGUGGCUGUAGAUGAUCUAAGGAACAACUCAGCUCGGAUAGAAAAGGAAAUCUAAAUGACACGCAGUGUUUCAGUAUAGCGUUUAGAGCUACGGCCAUAGGCUCGUCAAAGAUGGCCACAAAUCAAGUGGAUUACCAGUGGGCUUAUUCCAUCAUGGAUUCUUCCAGAGUUUCAACGUUUUUGAUAUCAAUUCUGUUGAUUGUAUAUGGCAGUUUUCGAUCACUGAACAUGGAACAAGAAGCCAGAGAAAGAGAGAAAGAGAAAGAACGAACUAAUUUGCUGUCAGGAAUAGUGAGCACGGGAACUUCGGAUUGUGCUAAUGGCGGAGGCGUUCAAACGCUAGAAACUAUGCACGCUCUAUGUUUGCCCCUUGGUGCUUCAGUCUCCCUUCUGAUCAUGUUCUUUUUCUUCGACAGCAUGCAAAUGCUCUUUGCAAUAUGUACUGCAAUCAUAGCUACGGUAGCGCUAGCUUUCUUGUUGUUACCAAUGUGUCAGUAUAUCAUCCGACCUUGUUCUGAUGGGAACAAAAUAUCGUUUGGUAUGUGUGGGAGAUUCACAGGUGCGGAGCUACUGUCAUUUUCCCUGAGCGUGAGCAUCGUGUGCAUUUGGGUACUCACUGGCCAUUGGUUGUUGAUGGAUGCCAUGGGAAUGGGACUGUGCGUUGCAUUCAUAGCAUUUGUCCGAUUGCCCAGUCUCAAAGUUUCCACUCUACUUCUAACGGGCCUUCUCAUAUACGAUGUUUUUUGGGUCUUCUUCUCUUCCUACAUAUUCAGCACAAACGUCAUGGUCAAGGUUGCAACACGCCCUGCAGAUAAUCCAGUCGGUUUGGUGGCACGUAGAUUGCAUUUAGGAGGUGUAGCCAGAGAAGCUCCUAAACUUUCUCUGCCUGGCAAGCUAGUAUUCCCAUCUAUGCAUCAAGCGGGGCAUUUUUCAAUGCUGGGUCUUGGAGAUGUGGUUAUGCCAGGUUUACUGCUCUGUUUUGUCCUACGUUAUGAUGCAUAUAAAAAAAGCCAGUUAUUGCCGGGUGGUUGCGAAACAGGUGUUCCUCCGCCACGCCAUUUAAGUCGCAUUAGUUACUUCCAUUGUUCGUUGAUUGGUUACUUUCUUGGACUACUCACUGCAACCGUCAGUUCGGAAGUCUUCAAAGCAGCCCAACCAGCACUCCUCUACCUCGUACCUUUCACACUACUGCCACUACUUACCAUGGCUUAUUUGAAGGGGGACUUACGUCGCAUGUGGAGUGAACCGUUUAUAACUCAUCCACCUUCAAAACAUAUGGAAGUUUGACAGCUGUCACGAUCCAUGCCAAAUCACAAUCUCCACCACAUAAACAUGUAUCGUGAGAAUUUCACUGUCAUUCGAGAUCAUUGUCUUUUUUUCAUCAACGUCAUUUUGUGUAAGUAAUUUUUCUCCCAAUUUACUAUUUUAUUCACGCGCAGUGGAAUAGCGCAUAAGUGCAGUGUUGGAUUCGAAAAAAAAAGAAGAAGUUGUUUGCAUUAUUACUUUUGACCCAGUAAAAAUAAUGCAACAGUAAUUAACGCCACAGAAUCUAUGCAAAUGGCUGCUUGUUAUUAAUCAAUCGUCGUAUUAUGGGUUGAUUACAUAGUUCAAUUUAAUUUAAACUGAGAUUACUAGCUGGGGAAAAUGGUACUGGAUUACAGGAGAACUAAUAAUUAGCGGUUUACUGCAAUUUCUAAUUUUCGCAAUUUACACGUGAUAUAGGUAAUUUAUUAUUAUGUAUCUCAAUUACUUAAGUUGGCUUUGAAGAAUUUAAGAGUUAUAUGACAUGUAGAAAUAGUUAUUUCCGAGAAUACUAGUUUCCCCAUAAUUUUCUUGCAUGUUGACUUUGGCGUUAACACGAUAUUACAGUAAUACCUAUUCUAGAUUUAAUAACAACAGAAAAUGUUCCAUUCAAUUUCUCAAAAACCCAAAGAAUAUACACGUUGGUGCACUGUACUACACAGCUGCAUAUAUCAAAAUUCUAGGUAUAUUACUCCAAGUCCCUUUUUCAAAAGUAAAUCUGCAUCAAAAAUGUGGUUUGUGGCGUAAGACAUAAUUGUACGGUUUAAUAGAAUAACAAUUAUGCAAAACUUACAUGAGAAUAGGUUUUGGUCAUUCUAGUGCUUUUUUGUUAUUAUAGUAUUUUUGAAACUCUACAGAAUAUUUUUAAAAUCAUUUCUUUCACUUAACGCAAUAAUGUCACGAGUAUUUAAAUCGUUUAAUCGAUUUUUACUAGUGAUUCUAAAAUACAAUGUGAUGGUAGACUUGUAUAGCGUUCUACAACUGAAACUGGUUAACGUGAUAGGGUAACACAAAAAUUGACCAACAUGAAAAAUGAUGAUAAAGAGAAUUUUAAUUUGUAUUCAAAUUUGGUGAAAAUCAUUUUGUGAGUUGUAAUCUGAAGUGAUGCAUGAUUUACGAUAAGUAUUAUCACUCAUUAGGUAUAUUUCAUUCGUUAUAUUGUUGAAUAUUUACGUUAGACUAUUGUACGCUCGAGCAAUUUAAAGAUAACAUCGGAUAGAUCAUUUGGUAAAUUUGUCACUGGUGGUGGCGUCCCAGCAUUUGUAAGACUGCUGCUGAAGAUUUACUAAAAUUAGGUAUUUAUCGAGAAACUGAGGCAGUCAACAGAUUAAUUUUUUUUAUUUUUAUACUAUUAAUUUCUCCCUGUCAUCCAGUACCUUUUGGUCUGUCAUACUACUAUUUGAAUGUAAACAGUAAAAGUACAUAAUUCGUACAGAAGAAAUCUGUUUUAAUUUAUUAUGGAAUGAUUCUAAUUUGAAAGUGUACAUAACAUAUUAGAGUUAUGACUAUAAGUGAUCAUUUGACGAAUUCGUAAGUGCAUCCAGUGAAGAAGUGUGCAGGUUGUGACUUUAUUUUAAAACAGCUUUAGUUUCAUACAAAGCAACUUUUCUGUACAUACAUACAUAUAUACAUACAUACAUACAUACAUACGUACGCACGUACAUACAUAGGUGAAUACACACACACACAUACACACACGUAUACAUAUAUGAUAAUUUUUAGUGUUUUAAGAUUAUCUAGAAUUAUCCGACAUCGUAAAAAGUUGAAGUUAUUUAAGUGAAAUUGUUGCACAAAGUUACGGACAAGAAAAGAAAGCUCUUACAUUGGAAACAUUUCCCUACAUCAAAGUCUACAGAAUCGUAUUGAAUUUCAUAAUUUUCAGGAGCAAUAAAAGUAGGUAACGAAACAUCAUUGCUUGUGUGUACAAUGAUACUACGCGAUUUCGUUGAAUAUAUUGUUUCUUGAGAUUGGAGAAAAUUGAGGCACACUCCUUAUUAUGCUCGUUGGGUUCUUCAGUCAAAUUAGAAAAUUUAUUAUAACGUGUUAUCAAUGGGUAAUCUAUGGUUCUUUCUAUCUAUGAAUCCCCUGAAUGCAUUUCAUCAGUUAUGCACAUACUAGUCUUACCGCAAUUCAUACGUAAAUUAUCAGAAAUUACAACAUGCAAAGUUAGAAUAACAAUCAAUUAUUCUGUAACUUAAAUUUGCAACUUUAUUUAUUUGCUAACUUAAUAUUAGCACAGAAAAAUAGAUCCUAUCUAAAGUGAAAUGAUGUGUUGAUAUUAAUGAUUUGAAAGAAAUCGAUUUGAAUUUAUUCAAAAGUAAAAUGAAUGAUCACAAACAAUGAUAUUCAAAUUACUUAUGGUAGAAAAUAAUUAUAUAUAUACGUAUACAUGCAAACAUACAUGUAUGGAAAAUAUUCAACUUUCUCUUUGCCAGAUAUUUCGAACAAACAUCGUACCCUUGCAAGAGACUGCUAGGUUUCAUUUAUUGACUUAAUUUUAAAAUGAGGAAUAUGUGGAGAAUGAUGAAUCAAGGUCAAACAUUGAAAUAACACUUGUAUAUGAAAAAAUGCAUCUUUGUCAAUAAUGCUUAAAUCAAUACGUUUAUCAUUCCAUGAAAAACAU